AUGUCGUCUAUCCGAUGGGUUGAAAAGUCGUUUUUGGCUUCUGAAAUCGGGUUUUUCUCCACUCUUGUCGUCAAUUCUUUUCUGGUAUAUCUCAUCGUGUUCCAUACAAAACAAGUAUUCGGUGCAUAUAAAUAUCUAAUUUUAUCAUUUUCCAUAAUGGGAAUACUGUUUGCAACAGCAGAGUUUAUUAUAAAACCGAUGACCCACAAUUACAAAGCGAGCUUUACGUUUUUCACAUUGGAAAGACCCUUUGGAUGUUCAAAGGAAGUUGCCAUGAUAUUAUUAGCUGCCUACUCUAGCACUUAUGCAGCUACCAUAUCCCUAUUAGCCGUGCAAUUCGUCUAUCGAUAUUGGGCAAUCUUUCAUACUCGCCGGUUGAGUUUCUUCAAUCGAUUCCGAAUUUUGUUUUGGGUGUCUAUCGCGAUGUUGUUUGGCGUAGACUGGAGUUCAUCGGUAUAUUUUUUAGGAAUGCCUGAUAAGGUCUCGGAGGACUAUUUAAGACGUGAAAUCAGUGAUCACUACGAUCUAAACAUCUCUCGACUUGCGUAUUUUGCAGCUGUUGUCUAUGAUUCAGAAUAUAACAUCAGAUGGCGUAGUGUUAUGGUCAUGGGAAGUGUUUCCAAGGUGUUGUUCAUUCAAUACGCUGUAAUGGUCUUUUGUGGCGUCAGAAUGCAUCGGAAAAUGGGAGAAAAGAUGGAACAAUUCUCUAUUACGAAUCGAAAAAUGCACACUCAACUUUUCAAAACUCUUGUCAUCCAGAUUACCGUACCAACUUUCACCAUCUUCUCGCCAGUUCUUGUGAUGUUCGUGAUUCCGUUUUUCGAUCUUCAACUGGGAAUCCCAACGGGUCCGAUAUUAUGUGCGCUUUCAUUGUACCCAUUCAUAGACGGACUAAUUGUUAUUUGCAUUGUUUCUGAUUAUCGUAAAGCUGCACUUGACAUCUAUCGCCGCCUCGUCUCCCGAGUAACAUGUGGACAUGUUAAACUAUUUCAACCUCAAAAAUACGAUUUUUCUAUCAGCGGAGCUAUGGGAACUGACGGGAAUACUAACGGACUUUCGAAUAGAGUGGCGGCCGCACCAUCAGCAAAUACGAUAUCCAGUUUCUAA